AUAAAACUCCGAUAGGUACUAAUUACCAAAGCGAUCGUUGUCGUCUGCUCGGAGCUCUAGAUGGUAUCAGCCCGGUUGUGCAGAACGAGAAGUUGUGAUGUACGUAAAUCAACUUACAACUAGAGAACUGUUUUCAAAUAACUUGAGUGACAGACAUGAAUAUGCUGAUGGCAAUGAAUGUUUCUCUCAGCUACCAAGUUCACAGUACAAUGAGAUGAUGACUCAAAAUUCCCAGGAGGCUUUCAAUUCUCAACAGAUGUCCAGUGGAUCAGAAGUACAAAGUUCUCAGGGCCGCAGAAGAUUUUUAGACAAUUACAUGUCUGAAAAUUGUAGCCAUCAGCCUCGAGGACAUGGAAGUAUCCACCAACAAAAACCUAUAAAAAAUGAUCACAUCAGUUCUGCUGUUUCUGCAAAGUCUAAUUUCCAACAACAGUUGCAGCUUAACAAAGCCAAAGCUAAAGAAAGAGAUGAGAGAGACCUGUUGAAUGUGAUGGUAAAAACAGUAAAAGAAUGUUCAGAAGAUAUAAAGCACACCAUGAACGACAUGAAAGAUACACUGGGCAGAUCUGUUAACACUACAGAUGACAAAUUGUCUGAAGUUAUGUCCUCAAUUUCUCAAAACAUCCACAAGAACUGUGAGAAAAUGAUUGAAGCUGUACAGGAACGAGAUCAGAAUAGGCAUCAACAGAAUAGCCUCAAACAUGAAAUAAAACAGAAAAAUGAAAGAAUCCAAGAACUGGAACAGCAGGUAAAGGAGGCACAUGAAAUGGGAUUUAGGAAUGUUGUCCAGUCAGUGAAGGAAGUGGUUGACCAGCAUCAUUCCGUAACCAAGGAGAAGUUGGAGCGGCUUGCAGAUAUCACUACUGAGUUGUUGGAUCAUCAGAAGGAGAUAAUUCACCAGCAGAGAGAGGGACUGGAUCAGCAGCACCAACUAAAUCUUGAAGUUCAGGAUGCAGUUAGAGCACAGACAGGCACAGAUAAUAAAAGUGUUUUAGAUGAACUUUUGAUACUGCGACAGGAAUUAGAUCGUCACAAGUAUGAACUAGAGAAUUUCUGCAGGGAAAAUGUAUAUUCAUCACAAAGACGAACAGAGGACCUGAAGAAAUUUAUAAGAUCUGGUUUGGAUGACAAUGUACAAGACAACAUUGAACAAUCUAAGCAUUUGUUUAACAGCCAUUGUCAGAAAAUGAAAGAGGAUAUCAUUGCACAACAAGACAAUUUAAAGGGCUUUAUCUACCAAAAGUUUAAAGAAAAUAAUGCCUCAACAAAUCCUGGAUUAGAAACCUCAAGGAUUGGGGAAAGUCGACAGAGAUUUUCUGACUACCACGAAUCUGUACCAAAGAAAAUUCAGGAUCAGUUGGAUGAAAUGCAUAGCAACCAUAUCAAAGAAGUUGAGAGAAUCCGAAGGGAAAUUAAUCAGAGAAAUGAAGAAAGCCAAAAGAAAAAAGAUUGUUUAAUGCCCCCUGGAAGCACCAGUAUGCUACAUUCUCAAUUUUUAGAGUCUCGAGAAAUGGAGAAUGGUGACCAAGAAAGAGAUUCUUUCACAUUUAAACGAGGUAAAAAUAACCUUUUCAUAUCACCUGGUAAAAUAACGCAAACAAGCUGGACAGCAAAGCAACUGUUUAGUAGAUCCAACCCGUCUCCAGUAGCUACAGUGUACCCACAGCAAAAAGAUAGGGGGACAACCCAUAAAAUGUAUGAAAAUGACAGGCCAUCUUUUGAUGAACAGAAACAAGCAGUAAAGAUGAAGCCGAGAGGAAGUGCUCAGCCACAACGAAGGUCACAACGACUAUUGGAAACAAAGGAAACUUCAGUAGAGGAAAAGGUACAAAAUUCUUUCAACAGCGGUGAACUUAGAAAAUCCCAGAGAAUUUCGGUCAUGCAAACUGGUUCCAAAGAAGAUGACAAACAACCUAGAAGGGAUAACUACACUAAAAACAGUGUGAUGUACCAAGAAAAGAAGCAAAAUAAUUCACCAAGAAUACUACAAGAAGAAUCAUGGAAGAGAGAAACAGCACCAGACGAACCAAGGCCGGACAUGAGACACAGUCAGAGGCAAACAAUUGGACAAGAAUGUAAUAAAGAGUUGUUAAAUAAGCCUGUUGUUUGGCAACGAAAAACAGAAAAAUGCUACACUAGCAAAAACACUGAAAAAUACAGCAGGACCCCAAGACAGAGCAGUUUCAAAGUUCCAGAUACUAAAUCAUCAAAUAUGCAACGUGGUUCUCAACAAUGUGGACUAAGUAAAACAGCCUCUGUGUACGACUUCAGAGACGAGCAGUCAUUUGUUGGAUCUCGUCCUUCAAAUCAACCUUCCAGAUCUCUCAACUUCAUCAGUUCAAGAGAAUUACCUGGCCAACACAAUGAAUACAGCCAAGAUAUGUCAAGCAGUAGAGAGUCUUCCCCAUCACUCUCUGUCACAAAGAUUGUUAUUCAGAGGAAAGUAAAACGAGACAAGACACAGAGGUAUCAGACUUUGGAAGCAGCGGCCAAAAACAUGGACAAAAGCCAGGGUCAAUAUAAGGAGUAUGAUGACGACUUUCUUAGCAUUGUUGGAUCUAUCAACGACCAAGCAAAGAAAAGUGUCUACCAGAGAGGAAGCAAGCGUCCCAUGGCUGACUACAGUUUUGGUACAGCCUAUGCCCAAGUGACAGAAUCUAUUCAUAAGAAGAGAAAAAACAUUUUUUAGGUAUUUUACUAUUAAAAUGCACAACAAUAAUCACAUUUAUCAUGAAAAUUAUUUAUUCUAUUAGUUUGACAGUCUCAAUUCUUUAAUGUCAAUAUAAAUGAUUUUGCUGUGCCUUGUCAUUGUCACUGCAAGAGUGACAAAUGAACUACUAGGCCACAUUGUACCGGUUUUCCUACUCUAGCAGAUAUCAAAUAAUAUUUAAUUGCAUUCAUUAAACAAUAAAUUAUAGUUAUCUGAA